AUGCCGGUAACCCACAGCCCGACCACCACGACAACCAAAACGGUGUCCAUGCCUGGCUACGCUGCUCCACCGCACCUGGUGUACACCCAGCACGUAGCCACGGUGACCCCAACUGCUGCUGUGCAGGCGCCGCUGCCGGAGGUGAGGAUGUCCGCUGUGAUGCUGCCUCCUGGUUUUGCCUCUCUUGCUUCAGCCCCUGACUUCCGGUGUCCCAAGAGCUCUCCCCUGGACCUGCCUCCUGUGCAGAGAAUGCUGUUGGUCCCUGCCCCGCCUCCUGUUCUUGACUAUGAUGCCACUCCAGUUCUAGUACCAGUUCCUGCCGCCGUCGUUCCUGCCCGUGGUGUUGCUGCUCCCACCCCAGGUCCUUCUGGACAGGUGCAGUCGGAUGGAAGACCUGACGGUGUUCCUGAGGAAUCUGAUGAAGAAGAAAAAGAGGAAGGUGUAGUCGUCGUCUGCCGCCGCUUCCCCUUCAACUUCUAA